AUGUUUUAUACUUUUGGUGGACGAUCCUUAAAAGGUGCUCAAAACGAUCUAUGAGGGUUUAAUUUAAACACAAUGCAAGUAAUUUUUAUGAAGUGAAAUGAAAUUAGUGUGAGUGGAGAUAUUCCGGCACCUAGAACUCUGCCAGCUUUUACAAAAUAUAAACAAAAUGGAAAAUUAAAAUUUGCUAUAUACGGUGGAAUUGGGCUAGAUGGAGAUGAAGAUAGCUUACUUUAUCAUUUAAAAACAAAGAAAAAUUAUUUUAAAUAAUAAACUUUUUUUUUCAUUAUUUUAAAAUUGGAUUACUAUACUGUAAGCGAUUUUUAUUUCUAAAAUUAUCUACAUGUUUUAAAAAGUUAACACUAAAGCUAAAAAGGAUUUAGUAAUUUUGGAUGUUGCUAAUAUGGAGUGAACACUUAUGCCUGCGAGUGGAAAUACUCCUGGCCGCCUUACCUCUGCAUCUUUGCAAUAUUUCGAUGGAAUGCUGUAUUUAGCUGGAGGAGUUGAUGACUCUAUUCCUAUUAACUUUCGCUACAAUGAUGAAUUUUAUCAAUAUGAUUUGACAAAAAAAUAUUGGAAAAAAAUUGGCAAUCCUAGCCAUACUUACACACAUAGAAGUUUAGCAGGGAGCAUUGUAUAUGAUGAAAAUUUUUAUUUAUUUUUCGGCUGAAGUGAUAAAUUAGGGAGAGACGUUUCUGAAAUCAGUAAGGUAAAUUUAAAUGACAUAAAUUAUGAGUGAAUUUCAGUUCCAGUUUUGGAUAAUUCCUAUUCAGUUACUUUAUUAAGAGAUUCGUACAGUUUUAUAUCAGUAAAUUCUUCACUUUUUAUUUUUGCAGGGUAUAAUAUGACAUCAGGAAAUUUAAACGAUUUAGCUCAGUUUAGUGUAUCAGGAUUUCCAAUUACAUAUGAUUGUUUAUCAGAGCUUUACACUGGACCUUCUGCAAGGUCUCAUCAUGUAAUGCUUACUUACUUACUUACUUAGUUACUUAGGUUUUUAAAGUGUCUUCCCUCUUCCGCAGGAUGAUUAGGCAUGCAUAAGCCCAUCCUUUUAAAUCCCAACUAGUGAUGUCAGCAGCGUUCCUCCCUAUAUGUAGGCAUUCCAGAAGACUCCACUUGUCAGGCCAGAAGGUCCGCACUGGCCUCGUUGGCCUCGCCCGAACUUGACUCCUGCGCGUGUUCCGCCUAAGGGUCACCCUCCUCGGGUGUGUCAAGCAGAAAAACCAGGUACUCCUAGUAUCCUGGACCAAAGAAAUACCCUAUGCGGUAUUCCAUAUUGGUGUUGCGGAUAAAGGUCCACGUGGAAAACUGAACCCUAUAAUAAUAAAAGCGAAGGAAGGAAUAGUUCUCGGAGAGAGAAUUAAUUCCGCACUGAGCAUUUUAUUAUUAUCCUCAUCAUGUAAUGCAAGUUAUCGAAGGGAAUAUUUACAUUUUUGGUGGAGACGCAAAAGGAUCCAAACUCAAUGAUUUAUGAGUUUUUGACCCAGAAACUGAAGUUUGGGAAAUUCUUUUCCCUGAUGGGGAUGUACCAACGCCGAGAUCACAUCAUUCAUCAGGAGCACAAGGAAAUGUUAUGUAUAUUUUUGGCGGUAUUGAUCAAAGUGGCGUUUUGCUAAAUGACUUAUAUCAAUUUGAUGCAACUUCAAACGUUUGAAAAGUUAUUAAAUCUUCAAACUUGAACUUGCCAUCAGCUCGAUAUUCUACUUGUGCAGUUUAUUCUAUUCCAAUAUUGUAUAUUUUCGGCGGAAUGACGACAGCAGGAGUUUCAAAUGAACUUUGAAGCUAUAAUUGUGGGUUGAAUACUUUCUCCUUAAUAUCAUCUGAUGCUCCUUAUAGACUUUAUUAUCCUCGAUGUGCUGUUGAUACGUCAGCUACCACAUUUUUUGUAUUAAAUGGAGACGCGGAAAGACAAGAAUCAAUUGGUGUUUUAUUUUCGUUUAAUUUUUCCAGUAAAAACUGGAAAAUACUAAAACAACCAGAAACACCAAAAAGAAAUAAGUCUGACGGCGUUGCAAUAUUAAUUGGAGAUUUUGGAGUUUUAAAAAACUACUAAAAUUUAUUUUUAUAUUAAAAAAUUUAUCAAAUGAAUUUGAUUAAUUUUAAAUAGAAAGUGGAAAAAUUUUUUUAAUCAGAUUUUGUAAUGUAUAUUGGAGGACAUCAAUGAGGUACAGAUCCAAUUUCCUCGGUAUAUGCAAUUGAUUUAUCGAAUAGUUUUCAGUAUAUUGAUUAUCCUUCAACUCCUAUGCACUUUAUUGGGUCAGCUUUUGCGUAUUAUAAAACAGAUCUCUAUGUUCAUGGAGGGGUUUCAUCAACUAAAUCAUUUAUAAGAAUUUCGAUCCCUGUAGUAAAUUUCUAUAAAAUUAGCCUAAAACAAUUUUGCACUAAUGAAUCAUGCCCUGCUCCUUGCAGUCCGGGCACAUAUGAAUCAAUGAAUGGUUGCAAGGGGUCGAGAGGAAUUUCUCGCUUGGUAAAUUCCUCACAUUUUUAAGGUUGUUUUUUUGCAAGAUGGCAAAUUCUGCUGACUCACUUUUACAGCCAUUUUUUUAAAUUUUUUCCACUAUUGAAAAUAUAUGGCGUAAUUUACUCCGAGAACAGUAAAAAUUACGGUGAAAUUAAUCCAAGGAUGUUAAAUUCCUAUCGACCUUUUGCAAGCCAUGUGAAAAAGGAACUUAUAAUCAUGAGUUUGGCAAGCCAGUUUGCUAUGAUUGUAAUCCAGGAACUUAUAAUCCAAAUAUAGGAAGUAAUACAGUAAGAGAGUGUUUUCCAUGCAAGGAAGGGAAAUUUAAUAAUUUAGUUGGGCAAUCUAACUUCUACAGUUCAGAAAGAUAGAGGUUCGAUAUUAAAUGAAAUGGCUACAGAUUUUUAUUUUACGUUUUCUUAAUUUUGUUUUAUUAUAUUUAAGAAUAUAUAACGCAUAUAUUUUUUUGGAUCGCCCUGAAACAAUGCCUAAAGGGGUAAAGUAGCGAUAUGAAAAUCAGACUGAAAAUGGCAAAUGCUAUUUUGAGAGUAGGCUCAUGCUUGACUUGCCAAAAAGAACCUAUAGAUAAUUUUUUGUCAAAUUUUGCCUGCACGGUAGUUGUCAUUUCCAUUUUGACUUAUUAAAUUACUACUUUACCUCUUAAAACGUUGCUUCUCACUCCCUCGCCCUUUAAAUUGGAACAAAACAUCAGCAACAUUUGCAUUUUUUUGGUGCUUUAGCCCGGCUUUAAAUUGGAGCAAAUUUUUGUUUUUCAAUAGGAAAAUUUUAGCAAUGAAAAUGCUAAUUUUUAUAAAAUUAGCUUUGACCUAAUUUAAUAGACGAUAUGAAAGUAGAAUGAUGUUUAAACAGUUUUUAAGCUGAAUCAAUUAAUUUUUUUAUUUAAUUCUUCAUAAAAAUAAAUUAAAAUUCAAAGUACGUGUCCGAUUUAUAUUUUUAAAAUUGUUAUAGAGAAAAAAAAUAAAUGAUUUUUUUUUAAACGAAAAUUAAUCAUUUUUUAAAUUGAAACAGGAAUUUUUGUUCCAAUUUAAAGGGGGAGUCAGCGAUCUAAAUGGGUUUCAAGCAUACUAAAAUUAAUUUAUUAUUAAAAAAUCAUAUUUUAAGAGAAAUAAUGGCUUACUUUCUAUUAACUUGGAGGAGUAAGUGCAAAAAAUGUUCUUUAAAUGACUACUGCCCAAGUGGGAGUUCAAGUCCUCAAGAAUUAUCAGAUAUUUUAUCAUAUACUUGGCAGCAGCCCAUCAACUAUAAAGAGCAUUCUAAAGAAGCCUCAGAUAUGAAUAAAAAAUAUGUAUACACAUGCAUUGCUUUAUUUUCAAUCUUCACAGCUUUAACUGUCCUUUUACGAGGGUUUAGAAAUAAACUAAAGGUCAUUGAUUUUUAUUCAAAAUACCACAAUAUCGAGCAUAAUAGCAUCUUAAAGAGCACUAAAAAUAGGCUUGGAGGAUACUUUACAGUAGCAUUUUUUAUUGGUGCUUCGUGAUUUAUUUAUGGUAAUAUUUCAACAUAUGUUAUUGAUAAUAUUGCAGAAACCAAAGCCCUUUUACCAUUGGCAGCUGUAUGAUAUAAAGCCUCAUCCUUAAAUGGAAAUAUUACUUUAAUAGUUACACUCAUACGAUAUGGUGGAAAUUGUACCAACAAUGGUACUUGUAUUGAAAAUCUAAAAAUUGAUUCAAAUAAAAUUUUCAAUCCUUAUACAAGUAAAUCAUGCUAUAUGGACACCAAUAAUAAUUGCAUAAUCACUUAUUUAUGCAACAAUUGUGAAGUCUGAACUGAGGCAGAAAUUAAUAUUUCACUUCAGGAACCUUUGAGCUAUUGUGCAGGAAUUUUAGUAAAUUUGACAUCAACUUCAUCUAUACCUAAUGAAAUAAGUAGUGAACAAAUAGGCGUUAUGACAGAUAGCAACAAAAUCUUUAGAGGGCUUGAUCCAACUAUAUUCUAUUUUAUUAUGACGCCUUCAAUAUUUCAGUCUGUAUUUUCUUUAUGGCCAGAUAAAUUAUAUGGAUAUUAUGUAGGGAUCUCAGCAAAUCCAGUAAAAGGAUCCCAGAGUUAUGCGUAUGAGCUGGGUAGAAUAAUAAAAAUUUUUUAUGUGCCAGGUGGGUUUUGGGAAAAAAUAGGGAUUUUUUUUAAUGGAGUUAAAAAUUCGUAAAAAAGGCAUCUGAUAAAAAGCUUUUUUCACUUCACCCUAUGAGCUCCCAUUUAGCUCAGAUUUAAAUAUCAAAAUUGUAAUGGACAAAAAUGAAUUCUGUUUAAAUACAACAAGGAGUGCUAAACAAACAAUGCUUAUAUUAGUCAGCGCAUUGCUAGGAGCAGUUUUUGGGUGAAAAGGAGCAAUGAAAGGUUACGUUAGGUUAGUUUGUUAAAAUUCAGGUGUUAGCCAUAUUGGUGACGCAGUCACCAAAGAUCUACUGUAUAGAAGUUUCAUCCUCUUUUCGACUCCACCCAGAUGGUCUAUCCCCGAAGAUAGAUGAAACUUCUGAUACCUUCUCUCCUCCUUGCGGUUUUAGUCUUGGGUGCUCAUAGAUUUCUGUGUGGCUCUACUACGGGAGAUUGAGUUUGAUUGAUUCCAAGGAUCAACUCCUUGAAGCCUGCCAGGCGUCGAUGUGCCUUCCUUCGACAUCUACAGGAAAAAGACAAGUCCUGUGGGCCGAAACUCCCAGUUUCUAGGUAGAGGAAUGUCCAUGGGUCCUCGAAUCCAAAGAACGUUGCUGAAUAUCACCAUUUCCAAUUACAGGAAGGCAGAAAAAACUUAUUUGAAUGCACUGCUCCUUAGCCUGCACUUACAUCUCGACUCGGAGUCCGUCCCAGUUCGCCAUAGCCAUAAGGUCUGAACUGUUAUGCCAAGGGGUAAGCAGACCUGUGUCAUCAUUUUAAUGCAUUUGGAUCAAUGAAAGGUGCAAUGCAUUACUUAGAGAAAUGCACUUUAUUUUUUAGCAAAAAGAUUCACCAAAAAAUUCAUUUAUUAAAAAUGGCUUCAGCUAAUAAACAUCUGAUUCAUAUAUUUAAUUCAAAAAUAGUAAGCAAAGAAGCCCAUCCCUAUAGUAUCGAAGAGAGUGAAGAAAAUGAUGGCUUAAGAAGCAUAGAAUUACUUUUCGAAAGCUAUUCAUCUCAACAUCAGCUAUUUCAAUAA